AUGAAUUUCAUCGAAAUAAGUUUCAGUCGUUGUUGAACUCUAAAUUAGAAUGUACAUAAAAUGCGCAGUUUUAGUGGUACUCCUUGUAGCCGAGUUCCAGACUACUUUACAGAUAUCACUGCCAAAUGAUGAGACCUACUAUGCGGCAGUAGUUGAAUUUCCACCAAGUAGUUCUGGCACAGCUAAGGCAAAAGUGAAGGAUAAUUUGCAACGUAUGAAGGCAAUAAUUGAAUCAGAAGAAACACGCGAUUUGGAUAUACUGGUUUUUCCGGAAUAUGUACUGAAUAAUAUGGAAUGGAAAACUUUUGUGCCAGAUCCACUACAAAAGAUUGCUCCAUGUGAUAUACCCAAUAAUGACUGGUUUCUGACAGAAAUGUCAUGUGCAGCGCGUAGUCGUAAUUUAUAUGUUGUCAUCAAUUUGUUGGAAAAGGAGUUUUGUGGAAAUCGUACCAUUGAUUGCGAUAAAAGUGGCUUUAAUACUUACAACACAAACGUUGUCCUUGACCGACAAGGGCGCGUGAUUUCACGUUACCGCAAAACUAAUUUGUAUCGUUACGAGUGGUAUUCAACAAAUGUCAAGGUUAAGCCUGAAUUAGCUACAUUUGACACCGACUUUGGUGUUACUUUUGGACAUUUCAUCUGUUUUGAUAUGCUCUUCUAUGAACCAUCAAUGGUAUUAAUCAAUGAAUUAAAUAUAACUGAUAUUAUAUAUCCGACAUACUGGUUUUCGGAACUACCCUUCUUAACAGCUGUGCAGUUACAGGAAGGCUGGGCUUUUGCAAAUGAUGUCAAUCUACUAGCAGCUAAUGCAAAUUAUCCCAGUGAACAAAACACAGGCUCUGGUAUUUAUGCCGGUAAACUUGGACGUAUUAGUGCUUCUAUCUAUGAGGAUGAAACUACUAAAGUACAUAAAGCUAGAGUCCCUAAGCAUUUGAAUCGAUCGACAUAUGAAAUGCCACCUAUUACAAUUGAAAUGCCUACAUUGGAAACGAAACGUUUAACGAAAAUUGGACUACUACGCGAUUACAAUGUGGAUAUUUUCCGCACGAAGUUAUUGCCAAGCAAUUUCACCGCAGUUAAGGAGUUAAUUUGUCACAAUACAUUCUGCUGUCAGUUUGAUGUGAAUCGUACACUUAUCAGUAACUCGCAGUUGCACAGUUCCUACUUAUAUCGAUUGGCAGCAUUUAGCGGUGUAAAUACAACACAUCAACGCAUGGAUCCUAGCGAGUUGAGUAUAUGUGCAGUUAUUGCUUGCACGUCUACAGAUCUGUAUAGCUGUGGGUAUAUAUUCCCAGAAGGUGUACCUGUGGCUAAUAAGUACUACUUUAAUUAUAUAAAUAUAACUGGAAAAUUUAGAAAAGCCAAUCGCCGCCUUAUCAUGCCCAGCACGGUCGAUGGUGCUAUGAUGCCGUUACCAGUUACCACGUUUGUUUGGAAUGAGAUAGAAAAUGCAAACUCUACAGAGGUUUCUAUAACACUUAAUUCGUCGAAAGCAGAUCUACUUACUUUUGGCAUUUGGGCAAAUUAUUACACCACUGCGGUCAGCUCUCACAAUUUAAAUCCAUCUUUGCCAGAAGUGUUGAUUCCUACACGUCCUACUCCUACAUCGGCUGGUAUCCUGCAUACUCCUAAGGUGUUCGGUAUCUUGUCUGGCUUAUUUGUUUUAUUCUUCAGUAUUAAAACAUUUUAAUUUUUAUUUGUGUUUGCUAACAUAUCAAGAAUCAAGAAUUUUUAAUGAAAAAUUCCUUUUUAAUUUACUGAAAUUAUUUACGCCUGUCCUACACUGUUAAAGCGAUGAAGAUCGAAGUUAAUAAAUAUUUCCUUACGUUUACAUGCGAAGUAUCCUUGUACCUUGACACGGUUACCUUUACAGGUUACUCAGUUUUUAAUCAAUGUUAACUUAAAAAUUUAAAGAAAAUAUAAAAAAGCAUAAAAAGAG